AUGCCGCCGAAGAAACGAAAGACCUCCGACGCCUCGAUUGAGGGUCAGAAUGGCACAUAUGCCAUUAAAAAAGGCCGGCCCGAUUUGCACCGGCCACACCCAAAUGCGAAACAGACUGAGGACUUUGGCAUUGUCCUACGCGACAAUGAACGGUGCGAGGCAUACAACAAUGGGACCCUCGAGCGACCGAUUGAGACGCUGGAAAAGGCAUGCCGGGAGACGGCGCAGAAACGCCAGUCGAUCACGCCAGGCAACGCCGUGGUCCAUUGGUUCAAAAGGGAUUUGCGCCUUCACGAUAACCGGGCCCUGCACCUGGCUUACCAGACUGCUCGCGAGAACCAGAAUCCGCUGAUUGCCCUCUAUAUCCAGUCUCCGCAAGAUUUGGCAGCGCAUAUCACGAGUCCAGCUCAAGUGGAUUUGAGUCUGCGCACCCUGCGACAAUUGCAACGGGAUCUUGGAGAGCUGGAUAUUCCGCUGUACAUGGAAACCCAGGAGACACGGAAGGCGAUCCCUCGCCGCGUUGUGGAGCUCUGUCAGCAGUGGGGUGCGAAGCAUCUUUACGCCAACAUCGAGUAUGAGGUGGAUGAGCUGCGAAGGGAGGCCAAGCUCGUCCGUCUAUGUGCGGAGAACGACAUCCAUUUUGCGCCCAGUCAUGAUACCUGCGUCGUAACACCGGGCCUUCUGGCCAGUCAACAGGGCCGCCAGUAUGCGGUCUUCACCUGGUGGUUCCGGUCAUGGCUUGCUUUUCUGAAGGAGAACCCUGAUUAUCUCGAGGUUUCCGAGGAGCCAGGCUCAAAUCCCGGGGAUGCUCGGGGGCAGUUUGCCAAUCUCUUCAAUUGCGCAGUCCCCGAGGCACCACGUAACAAGCAGCUCUCCGAUGAAGAGAAGAGUCGAUUCGAAAAGCUCUAUCCUACCGGCGAGCAUGAAGCCCUCCAACGGCUCGAGAAGUUCUUGGAAGAAAAGGGUCGUGGAUAUGAGGCGGGGCGCAAUAUAGUGGCCAAGGAGCAGACUUCGGUGCUCAGCCCAUACUUUGCCUCAGGGGCGCUCAGCGCUCGAACUGCCGUGGCCACGGCAAAGAGAGUCAACAAGAACCAUCUCGACCGAUAUGACCAAGGAUACAUGACCUGGAUUAGCGAGGUCGCCUGGCGUGACUUCUACAAGCAUGUGCUGGUCCAUUGGCCAUUCAUGGGUAUGAACAAGUGUUUUAAACCCGAACACACCGACAUCGAAUGGGAGUACGACGAGGAACAGUUCCAGGCCUGGUGCGAUGGGAAGACCGGGUUCCCUCUGGUGGAUGCUGCCAUGCGUCAGAUGAGACAUAUGGCAUGGAUGCACAACCGCACGCGCAUGGUCGUUUCGUCAUUUUUGUCCAAGGAUCUUUUGCUGGAUUGGCGCCGAGGCGAGCAGUAUUUCAUGGCAAAUCUCAUCGACGGAGACUUCGCCUCGAACCACGGGGGUUGGGGAUUCGGGUCCAGCACUGGGGUUGACCCGCAGCCAUACUUUCGCAUCUUCAAUCCCAUCCGGCAGAGCGAGCGAUUCGACCCUGAUGGCCAGUAUAUACGGCGCUGGGUGCCAGAGCUACGCAGUGUGCAGGGGAAUGCGAUUCAUGACCCAUACGAUCGUGGGGCGGCCGCCACUGCCGAGAAACAUGGAUAUCCCCGGCCGAUUGUUCAACACGCAGCCAGUCGGGAUCGGGCACUGGAGCGGUUCAAGCGGGCACUGAAAAAGUAA